AGAAACCCACCAGUCAGACCUGAUACAUGAUAGUGCGUGUUAUAAUCAGCAACACGUGCAUCAUUGUUUAACGUCUUUCUUCUUUUUUUUUUUUUCAAAACAAAAUGUCCGAAGAACCGGCUAAAAUGAAGGACAAUUUCAAUGCUUAUAUUAUCUUGGAAGAUGGAAGUAUUUUUCCGGGAAAACGAUUCGGUGCCGAAAUAUCUGUAGACGGUGAAAUCGUAUUUCAGACCGGUAUGGUGGGUUAUCCCGAAUCUUUAACUGAUCCUUCUUACCAUGCUCAAAUUUUGACACUUACUUAUCCACUAGUGGGUAACUAUGGCGUCUUUGGAGAUGAAAAGGAUGAAUACGAUAUACCAUAUUGGUUCGAAUCAAAUCGAAUUUGGGCGGCUGGUUUGAUUGUUGGGGAAAUUUGCGAAACGCCAAGUCAUUGGCGUCAAAAGAAAAAACUCUCGCAAUGGUUGGAAGAAGAAGGUGUGCCUGGUAUUUAUGAGAUCGAUACUAGAGCUUUUACAAAGAUUAUUCGUGAGAAGGGUUCCAUAUUGGGUAGAAUUGUAAUAGGGAAACCCCCUUCUUCCAGUAUUUUACCCGUCGAACCACCAUUGCUAGAUCCAAAUAAAAGAAAUCUCGUUGCUGAGGUUUCACGUGCAUCACCAAGAACGUACAAUCCUAAUGGAUCACCCCGUAUAUGUGUAGUUGAUUGUGGAUUAAAAUACAAUCAAUUGAGACGAUUGUUAAACCGUGGGGCUCGAGUAGACGUUGUCCCAUGGAAUUAUGAUUUAAAAAAGGCCGAAUACGACGGUUUGUUUUUAAGCAAUGGACCUGGUGAUCCAAGCAUGUGCAAGACCACCAUUGAAAAUCUUUCUAAAGUUUUGGAAAGUCCGAAUAAAAAGCCUAUUUUUGGUAUAUGCUUGGGACACCAGUUACUUUCGAUAGCUGCUGGUUGUACUACUUACAAAAUGAGUUACGGUAAUCGAGGUCAUAAUCAACCAGCAACUCAUCACGGAACCGGACGUUGUUAUAUGACUUCACAAAAUCAUGGAUUUGCAGUAGACGCAAAUAAAUUACCUGACAAUUGGGAAAUCCUAUUCACCAAUACCAAUGAUAAAAGUAACGAAGGUAUCGUUCAUUCAACGUUACCAUACUUUUCCGUACAAUUUCAUCCAGAACACACUGCCGGUCCGCAAGACUUGGAAUGUCUUUUCGAUGUCUUUUUGGAUACUGUAAUAGACCAUAUAAAAGGUCAUCCACAAAUAACUGUCAAAGACAGGCUUAAUGAAAAGUUGCAAUUUAAAGCACCGCAAUCGAUAGAUAAAUUUCAUCCAAAAAAGGUUCUUAUUUUGGGAUCGGGAGGACUUAGCAUUGGUCAGGCUGGAGAAUUCGAUUAUUCUGGUUCUCAAGCGAUCAAAGCAUUGCAAGAAGAAUGUAUUCAAACACUUUUAAUUAAUCCCAAUAUUGCAACAGUACAAACCACCAAAGGAAUGGCUGACAAAGUUUACUUUUUACCAAUCACUCCAGAAUACGUUGAACAAGUAAUACGUUCUGAAAGACCUGAUGGAGUAUUACUAACAUUUGGUGGUCAAACUGCAUUGAAUUGUGGAGUUGAAUUAGAAAGAACCGGUGUAUUUGCAAAAUACAAUGUUAAAAUUUUAGGCACACCUAUCGAAUCGAUCAUACAAACGGAAGAUCGAAAAAUAUUUGCCGAACGUAUCGGUGAAAUUAACGAGAAAGUUGCUCCAAGUGCAGCUGUAUAUUCCAUCAAGGAGGCUUUAGAAGCAGCUGAGAUACUUGGGUAUCCGGUUAUGGCAAGAGCAGCGUUUUCUCUCGGUGGUCUUGGCUCAGGUUUCGCUAAUACGCAAGAAGAAUUGAGAAUUUUAGCUCAACAGGCGCUAGCUCAUUCUAAUCAACUAAUCAUAGACAAAUCUUUGAAGGGUUGGAAAGAAGUUGAAUACGAAGUAGUAAGAGAUGCUUAUGACAAUUGUAUCGCAGUUUGCAAUAUGGAAAACAUCGAUCCACUUGGAAUUCACACUGGGGAAUCAAUUGUUGUUGCACCUAGUCAAACCCUAUCGAAUCGGGAAUACAAUAUGCUUAGAACUACAGCUAUCAAAGUUAUCAGACAUUUUGGAAUAGUAGGAGAAUGUAAUAUUCAAUAUGCUUUGAAUCCAAAUUGUGAAGAAUAUUACAUCAUUGAAGUAAAUGCAAGAUUAUCAAGAAGUUCUGCUUUGGCUAGUAAAGCAACUGGUUAUCCACUUGCUUAUGUUGCUGCUAAAUUAGCACUGAGUUAUCCUUUACCUGACAUUCAUAAUUCUGUAACUGGAAGAACGACAGCUUGUUUUGAACCUAGCUUGGAUUAUUGCGUUGUCAAAAUACCAAGAUGGGAUCUAAGCAAAUUUCAUCGAGUCAGCACAAAGAUUGGUAGCUCUAUGAAAAGCGUAGGCGAGGUAAUGGCAAUUGGUCGUAAAUUUGAGGAAGCUUUCCAAAAAGCAUUGAGAAUGGUUGACGAAAGUGUUAAUGGUUUUGAUCCUUACAUCAAAUGUGUCAACGAUGAGGAAUUAGAAAAACCUACGGACAAGAGAAUGUUUGUUUUAGCUGCUUCCAUAAAAGCUGGAUAUUCCAUGGAUCGUUUGUAUGAACUAACAAAAAUAGAUCGUUGGUUUUUGCAAAAAAUGAAAAACAUAAUCGACCUAUAUUCAAUUUUGGAAAGUACCGAUCAUACAAAAAUACCGCAUGAAGUUUUAUUACGUGCAAAGCAAAUUGGAUUUUCUGAUAAACAAAUAGCCACAGUUGUUAAGAGUUCAGAACUAGCAGUGCGUAUACAAAGACAAGAAAAUAAUAUCAGACCAAUGGUUAAACAAAUAGAUACAGUUGCAGCUGAAUGGCCAGCGACUACGAAUUAUCUUUAUUUGACUUACAAUGGUACCACCCAUGACGUAGAUUUUCCUGGGGGUUAUACCAUGGUUAUAGGUUCUGGAGUAUACAGAAUCGGCAGUUCUGUAGAAUUCGAUUGGUGUGCUGUAAGUUGUCUAAGAGAACUACGAAAUUUAAAUCGUAAAACCAUCAUGGUUAAUUAUAAUCCUGAAACAGUGAGUACGGAUUAUGACAUGAGUGAUCGUCUGUACUUUGAAGAAAUUUCAUUUGAAGUUGUAAUGGACAUUUAUGACAAUGAAUCACCAGAAGGAAUCAUUUUAUCGAUGGGUGGACAAUUGCCAAACAAUAUUGCUAUGAAUCUUCACAGACAACAAGCUAGAAUACUUGGAACUUCACCAGAAUCUGUGGACGGUGCAGAAAAUCGAUUUAAAUUUUCUCGUAUGUUGGAUGGAAUAGGAAUUUCCCAACCCAGAUGGAAAGAAUUAACUAAUCUCAAAUCUGCAAUAGAAUUUUGCGAAGAAGUUGGUUAUCCAUGUUUAGUACGACCAUCUUACGUUUUAAGCGGUGCUGCUAUGAAUGUUGCACACUCCAAUCAAGAUUUAGAAUCUUAUUUGAAAAGUGCCAGCGAAGUUAGCAAAGAACAUCCCGUUGUAAUAUCAAAAUUCAUUUUAGAAGCAAAAGAAAUUGACGUGGAUGCUGUAGCUUACGAAGGUUUGAUUUUAUGCAUGGCUGUUUCUGAACAUGUCGAAAAUGCUGGUGUACAUUCAGGAGAUGCAACUUUAGUAACACCCCCACAGGAUAUCAAUGCAAAAACAUUGGCAAAAAUUAAAUCAAUUUCUAAAGCUAUUGCUGCAUCGUUGGGAGUAACUGGUCCCUUUAACAUGCAAUUGAUUGCUAAGGACAAUGAAUUAAAAGUAAUAGAAUGCAACGUAAGAGUUUCAAGAUCUUUCCCAUUCGUUUCCAAAACUUUGGAUCAUGAUUUUGUUGCAAUGGCAACACGAUUGAUAGUUGGUGAAUCAGUUGAACCUGUAGAUGUUUUAGCUGGGUGUGGAAAAGUUGGUGUUAAAGUACCACAAUUUUCAUUCUCUCGUUUAGCAGGUGCUGACGUCAUGUUGGGUGUUGAAAUGGUAUCGACGGGAGAAGUUGCUUGUUUCGGAGAAAAUCGUUACGAGGCUUAUCUGAAAGGAAUGAUGAGUACCGGUUUUCAUAUACCACAAAAAGGGAUCUUAUUAUCAAUAGGAAGUUUCAAACAUAAAAUGGAAUUAUUACCAGCCAUUAGUAGUUUACACAAGAUGGGCUACAAUUUGUAUGCUAGCAUGGGCACUGCUGACUUUUAUACUGAACAUGGAGUCGAGGUAGAACCGGUGCAAUGGACUUUUGAAAAUAUCGGAGUUAACGAAGACUCCAGUCCAAGUGAAUUGAGACAUCUUGCCGAUUUUCUUUCCAAAAAACAAUUCGAUCUCGUUAUUAAUUUGCCAAUGAGAAAUGGCGGUGCUAGACGUGUGUCAAACUUCAUGACACAUGGUUAUCGUACCAGAAGAUUGGCGGUAGAUUAUUCAGUUCCGCUUGUCACAGAUGUUAAAUGCGCUAAACUUCUUGUUGAGGCAAUGAGAAUAUUAGGUGGACAUGCACCACGUAUGAAAACACACACGGAUUGCAUGUCUUCACGAAGAAUGAUUAAACUACCGGGUUUCAUUGAUGUUCACGUACACACUCGUGAUCCUGGUGCAAAUCAUAAAGAAGAUUUCGCAUCAUGCACAGCUGCAGCAUUGGCUGGUGGUAUCACAAUGAUAUUUGCAAUGCCUAAUACAAAUCCAGCUGUUGUUGAUCAUCAGACCUUUGCCUUGGCAAAAGAGCGUGCAAUAGCUGGUGCAAGAUGCGAUUAUGCUUUAUUCGUUGGUGCAUCAUCAGAUAAUUAUAGUACAAUACCAGAAUUAGCACCCCUUGCUGCAGGUCUCAAAAUGUAUUUGAAUGAUACCUACACGACACUACGUCUGCUGGAUCUGAACGUUUGGACAAAGCAUUUCCAAAAUUGGCCUAAGAAAUAUCCAAUAUGUGCUCAUGCCGAGGGACAAACUACAGCUGCAAUUUUACUUUUGGCUAAUUUGUAUAACAGACCUGUUCAUAUUUGUCAUGUUGCAAGAAAAGAAGAAAUUCAAAUCAUACGUACUGCUAAAGAAAAGGGUUUGGCAGUAACUUGUGAAAUAUGUCCACACCAUCUUUUCCUUUGCGAAGAUGACCUAAAACGAAUUGGUGAAAGAAAGGGUCAAGUAAGACCUUGUUUAGUAUCUAAAGAGGACCAACAAGCUUUAUGGGAAAAUUUAGAUGUCAUCGAUUGUUUUGCUACAGAUCAUGCACCUCACACUGUGGAAGAAAAAUUAAGUGAAAAUGCACCACCAGGUUUUCCAGGAUUGGAAACAAUUUUACCAUUGUUGCUUAAUGCCGUACACGAAGGACGACUUACGAUAGAAGAACUGGUUGAGAAAUUUUACAAAAAUCCCAAAAAGAUCUUCAACAUACCAGAUCAAUUGAAUACUUACGUUGAAGUUGAUCUUGACGAUGAAUGGGUGAUACCAGAAGCAAUGCCUUUUAGCAAAGCUCGAUGGACACCAUUCGCUGGUAUGAAAGUUCGUGGAUCUGUUCAUAGAGUUGUCCUGAGAGGUGAAGUAGCUUACGUUGAAGGACAAGUUCUGGUUAAUCCAGGAUUCGGUCAGGAUAUCAGAGAAAUGCAAAGGAAAAUAAAAAAUCAGACUGUUGUAAGUGCACCAACGAUUGAUGUGUGUGUUAGUAGACCUGGUUCAGGUUUGGAUAAUCUUUUAUCACCUAAUACACUCGAUCGUAGUGGUGAACUGGAAGAAGAACAAUUAGAACAAUUUAAUCACUUGUUGCAACCAAGCAGUCACAAAUCAAACGUUCAUUUUGCAUUGGACGUUGAUCAUCCAAAAUUACUUGGAGUUCAACGAACAAUUUCACCCUUGUCUUUCAGUAGUUCCAUACGUCAUAAAAGUGAUAGUAAUACAAAUCUACAUCUACAAUCUACAGCAUUAAGUCAUGUUACUUGCAAUUUGACUGGUCAUCAUGUUAUUUCUGCUGAUAUGUUUAAUAAAGAUGAACUUAAAGAAGUGUUUAAUCUUGCUGAAACAUUCCGAAAUGCAGUUCGUAAAGAACGAACUUUGGAUUAUAUUUUAAGAGGUAAAGUUAUGGCAUCUAUUUUUUACGAAGCUAGCACAAGAACAUCGUGUAGUUUUGCAGCUGCUAUGGAACGACUUGGUGGAAGGGUUAUUUACAUGGAUGGUUCUACGUCAUCUGUUACAAAGGGAGAAACUUUGGAAGAUUCUGUGGCUGUAAUGGCUGGUUAUGCAGAUGUCGUUGUUGUUAGACACCCUGAACCUGGUGGUGUUCUUAGAGCAUCUCAGCAUUGUAGAAAACCCUUAAUAAAUGCUGGCGAUGGUAUUGGUGAACAUCCAACUCAAGCUUUAUUGGAUAUAUUCACGAUUCGUGAUGAAAUUGGUACUGUCAAUGGUUUAACCAUCACAAUGGUCGGAGAUUUAAAGCAUGGUAGAACCGUUCAUUCCCUUGCAAGGUUACUGACCUUGUACAACGUAGAACUACGAUAUAUUUCUCCACCUGGUCUUGAAAUGCCUGAUCAUGUGAUGAAUUAUGUGUCAAAACGUGGAGUAUCUCAGGAGAAGUUUACAAGUUUGGAAGCAGCAUUACCAGAUACGGAUGUGUUGUAUAUGACACGUAUUCAAAGUGAACGUUUUGCGACACGGGAGGAAUAUCAACAGGUUUGUGGUCAUUUCAUAGUGACACCGCAAUUAAUGUCACGAGCAAAGAAGAAGAUGGUGGUGAUGCAUCCAUUACCACGUGUUUUCGAAAUUUCUACAGAAUUUGACAUGGAUCCUAGAGCAGCUUAUUUUAGACAAGCUGAGAAUGGCGUUUAUGUUCGCAUGGCUCUACUUGCUAUGAUUCUUGGUCGUAUCUGAUUCAUCCAAGGUAACACUGUCCUUCUUAUUAAACCGGACACUCAUUUUGUGAGUCAAGGUGAAUCAAAUUAAGACAAAAAUAAUAAGAAUAAUAAUAAAAAUAAAAAAAGAAAAAGAAAGAAAUAGUUCGACGAGGACAUAGGAAAUCACCUAUCCGAAAUUUUAAUUAGACUGUGAUAA